AUGGUUGUAUUCGGACGUCGGCCACUGAAAACACCUCCAUUGAACACACUUGUUCGAAAGUAUCCGUUCUUCUUGGUCGGAUUACCUUUGAUACUUUCUGUAAUUGCUGGUUCGUAUGGGCUGAGCUUUAUAACGCAAACAAGAUAUGAUGCUUAUGCGAAGCGCGUCAAGUCUUUGGAUAGCGAGGAAAAAUUAAAAAUGAAUCCGAAUCGGAGAAAGCUGAAUGCUCAGGAAGAAUACUGGAGAUUACAAGCAAAAGAAGCUCAAUUUAAUGAUUGGGACAACCAACGUGUUCCAAGGCCCGAAAAUGCAUUUGAUGGAAAGUUUUAA